AUGUUGUCUGCAGCAAAAGUACGUAUCCACGGUAUGCAAGAUGAGAACUGGGUCAUCAAGGACAAAAUCAACCAAUAUCGAGGAUUAAUAAAACUUUACGAGAGGGAUAGAAAAAUCCACGAAGGCGAUUUGGCGAAGCAGAAGAAGAGAUACUCUCGUGACAUUCGCCAAUUACGAAAAGAUAUCACCAACAAGCGUGAAGAGCUUGAGGUGGCAGUGUAUGGAGACAAGCAGUUCCUUCGCAAUGCCUUUCAGGAGCACAAGCGUUUGCAGCUCACUUACAUGAAUAGUCAGGCUGAUAAAGUUCUUGAAAGUAUACAUCAAGAGAAUUUCAACAAAAGAAAACAGUUGGAUCGUAUCAGGUACACAAAAAAGAAGAAAAUGGAGUCAUUCCGUAAAGUUCAGCUUCAGACAGCUGAACUAAGAGAUCGUUUCAUUUAUGAAACUGGGGGAAAAUUACCAGCGGAGAAAAAGGAGCAAGUUGUAGCGAACUAUGUUCAGCGUGCCAAUAUCAAAAAGAAUGCUGCCCUAGCUAUAAAAGUCAUGUAUAAGAAAAUUCUGGAUAUAUUAAAAAAGGACUCUUCGUAUUUCUCAGUAGUUUUGGAGGCGCUGAAACUGGACUGUCGUGCUCAAGGGAAGUGUUUGAUGGGCGCCACGGAAAUGGGUCAGCUGGCUAUGGAGUAUUUGGACGAUAGGAAAUUCGAAUUCAGCAAAUUGGAGAAAGAAAUCAAAGCGAACAUGAAAGAGAGGGAGAGGACUUUGAAACUCGUUAGAAGAGAAGUAGCCUUUUUAACGGACUCGUUUCCUAAACUUAUAAGAAAAGAGGAAGCUACCAACCUCGAUGACUUGUAUGACGAUGAAGAUGCUGCUAGCAAACAUUCCGUUCAUUGGGAACUCGAAGAAGUUAUGGCGAUCUGCAAACGCCUACAGAAGGCGACACUUGUGUCAUCCUUUGAUAGAAUAUUACCAAGAUUGAAAGAACAAAGAUAUCAAACUGAACGUUUGAUGUCUCAACUCACUCUCAACAGCCUAAAACGAGAUGCCCUUGUGGAGAAUCGCAAGCAUGCGAUUUUGAUGCUUGACACAUUGAAGAAUGUUGGACAAGAGAGUACUGCACAACAUAUCAUUGAGAAGAAACAAAUCCGCGCUAAUCUUUUAGCAGAAGAACGUGAGGAAAGGGAGUUGACCAGAGCUUUGGACGAAAAAGGCCGGCUUAUCAUUGAGAUGAAGACUUCCUUGCAACAAAUUAAUCAACUGCUUUCCACUGUUGGAGAGCCAAAUGUCAAAAUACCUCAGGUAAUGGGAGGUACACCGGCAGCUAUUAAAUAUGCCUUUGAAGAUGUGCUCCAACCAAUACCGGAAGUGGAAGCUGACUUUGAUAAAUUAAUCUCUACCGCGCGCCAGAAAAUUGCAGCGCUGAUUCAAGCGGUAUCUAAAAUGGAAGUUAAUGAUGACGUCCGAGCAACUGCUCGCCAUUUCUACAACAAUAUACUUGCGAGGUUGAUGAGAGACAACUACAAAGAAGAAGUAACAGCUGAAGGGGGCUUGAUUGAAUUCGAAAUGGAGGAUCCUAAUGUACCAAGCCACGCAAUAGUCAAGUUGAGAAGCAAGCAGCUCAUAGAUGCGCAAGUCAGUGAGUUUGAUGUACCGGAUGCACCAGCCAAGAAGUAA